AGGUGGGUGACAGAAAAUGCCGCCGUAACUCCAAUCCCACUCUCUCUCAGUCGCCGGGAGCAGUCCCUGAACUCUUGAGGCUUCAAGAAACAGAGGAGAUUGUAAGAGGAAUGUGCACCGAUGGAUCCAGAGAAAUCGAGUUCAACAGGCAAUCAAAACGUUGAGUUUUCAAAUGAAUGGCAAGAAUUUCUAUGCGAGAGCUGGUUCGAUUCAGACCCACAUUCGGAAUCGCAAUUGCCAUCUCGAGCUACUUCACUCCAAUCCCACUCUCUCUCAGUCGCGUUCCCCUUCCCCUUCUUGUUCUUCCGUAGAAAAUAGAACAUUCUCUAUUUAUCACUCAAGCCUUAAACUUCUUAGAGGAUGUACAUGUCGGAGUAUAAAGCAGCUUUUGCAAAUCCAAGCUCACUUGUUGACUUCUGGUAUAUUUUACAACCCGUAUUGGAGCAGCAGGGUCUUGCAACAUUCUUUGCAUUUCGGCGAUUUCGAUUACACAGUCUUGAUUUUUGGGUGUAUUGAUUCGCCCAAUACGUUCUGUGUGAACACUCUUAUUGAGGGAUACUCGAAUAGUUCAAUUCCACGACAAGCUGUGGGGUUCUAUUUUGAGAUGCUUAAGAAUGGGUUCUCUCCAAAUAGCUUCACGUUUGUGCCGCUGUUUGGGUGUUGUGCGAAGGCAGUGUGUGUUGAAUCAGGACAAAAGUUACAUGGGCAGGCCGUGAAGACUUGUGUUGAUUGGGUGUUACCCGUACAGAACUCUUUAAUUCACAUGUAUGGCUACUGUGGGGCUGCGGGUUAUGCGAGAAAGGUGUUUGAUUUAAUGUCCCAAAAGGAUUUGGUGUCAUGGAAUUCGAUUCUUCAUUGUUAUGCUGGAGUAGGUGACUUGAAUGUUGCUCGUAAGUUGUUUGAUAUAAUGCCUGAAAGAAAUGUAGUUUCUUGGAAUACCAUUAUUAAUGGAUACUUGAAUGGUGGGAAACCUGAGGUCUCUUUGCUACUUUAUAGGGAAAUGGUUGAGAAAGGAUUGAGAAUGAAUGAUACUACCGCGGUCUGUAUGCUUACUGCUUGUGGUAGGUCAGCUAGACUAAAGGAAGGAAGAUCACUUCAUGGAUUUCUAUACAAAACAGUUUUGAAAUUCAGCAUAAUGAUUUAUACAGCUUUGAUAGAUAUGUAUAGCAGGUGCCAGAAGGUUGGUACAGCUCGUAGAGUAUUUAAUUUAACAACUUACAGAAAUCUGGUCUGUUGGAAUGCCAUGAUCUUGGGUUACUGUAUUCAUGGGAAUCCAGAAGAUGGACUUAAAUUAUAUGCAGAAAUGGCGAACCAGUUUCGGUCAGGAGAUGGAGAGACAAAUCCUCCUGAUGAAGUUACUUUUAUCAGCAUUCUUUGUGCCUGUGCUCGUACAGGAAAGUUAACAGAAGGAAGAAAGUACUUCAGUGAGAUGGUUUCUGUGUAUAACAUAAAGCCUAAUUUUGCACAUUAUUGGUGCAUGGCUAAUGUUCAUGUCAGCGCCGGGCUUGUUCAGGAGGCAGAGGAAAUUUUAAGGAACUUGCCAGGAGAUAUUGAAGAUCUGUCCUCCGAAUUCGUGGUUUGGGCUAACUUACUCGCUUCGUGUAGAUUUCAAGGAGAUAUUGAAUUGGGGGAAAGAAUUGCAAAAUCUCUGAUAGACAGAGAACCAAGGAAUUUUGCAUACUAUCGGUUGCUCUUAAAUAUUUAUGCUGUGGCAGGUCGAUGGGAGGAUGUUGCUGCUGUAAAAGAUGUAAUGGAGGAAAGAAGGAUCGGAAGAAUUCCUGGAAGCAGGCUUGUGGACCUAAAAGAAAUUGUUCAUGGGUUAAAAGUGAAGCAUAUUUUGCAAGAAGUGAUUCUAGAGGUAACGUGAUGCAGCCUGAUCCCGCUCGGAGGUUAAGCAUGUUCCCGCCUUAUGUAAGCUGCCACCAUUGCACAAUUCAGAUGACAGAAUUGAACAUUGAAUUUACCGGAGGCACGAUUGCUCUAUUGCCUGGCCUUGUUUCUAUCUUCUAAGGUAAUCGCGUGCCAUUAAUCCCUGUUUCGGAGUUAAGAAUUUCUGUUUUGCUCGAGAAGGAAGACUUGCUCUGUGCCUUUACUCGAGUAUUUGCAUGAGCCAGAGAUCACGGUGGAAGAGUGUUCGUGAAUUAAAAAGCUUUAAAACGUGGGGCUGCUCUAUGUAGGCAUAGUUUAGAUGACGGGAGACUCUUAUUGAUGGUUGUUGUUCGAUCGACAAUAUCAUUUUGAAGUUACAUACUAGUUUCUUUGAUGUUAAUAGGGCAAUUGGUAUCUUUUCUCAA